AUGGCUCGCACGAAGCAAACAGCACGCAAGUCCACCGGCGGCAAGGCGCCGCGCAAGCAGUUGGCCACCAAAGCCGCCAGGAAAUCGGCUCCGGCCACCGGCGGAGUGAAGAAGCCCCACCGCUUCCGGCCCGGCACCGUAGCCCUCCGUGAGAUCCGGAAGUACCAGAAGUCCACGGAGCUCUUGAUCCGUAAGCUGCCUUUCCAGCGGCUCGUUCGCGAGAUUGCGCAGGAUUUCAAGACGGAUCUGAGGUUCCAGAGCUCCGCCGUGGCGGCGCUUCAGGAGGCGGCGGAGGCUUACCUCGUCGGCCUGUUUGAAGACACCAACCUCUGCGCGAUUCAUGCCAAGAGGGUCACGAUUAUGCCCAAGGAUAUCCAGCUUGCCAGGAGGAUUAGGGGUGAGAGGGCUUAA